UUAGGCAUAGCUGCAAACCCAGUGCUCUUCAAUGAGAACGGAGACGCUCCCGGACGCUACGAGAUCUACCAAUACCAGAUCAGAAACCAAACAGCCGAAUACAAAAUAAUCGGCCAAUGGACGGAUCAACUCAAUCUCAACGUCCGCUCCAUGCAGUGGCCCGGCGGUGUCCGUCAGAUCCCGUCUUCCAUCUGCAGCCUGCCCUGUCAGCUGGGCGAGCGCAAAAAGGUGGUGAAGGGCAUCCCGUGCUGCUGGCACUGUGAGCGCUGCGACGGCUAUCAGUACCAGGCGGACACCUUCACCUGUAAGAUGUGCCGCUUUGAUUUGCGGCCCAACGUCAAUCACACGGGCUGCGUUCCAAUCCCCAUCGUCAAGCUAGAGUGGAGCUCCCCAUGGGCCGUCAUCCCCGUGCUCAUCGCGGUCCUUGGCAUCAUGGCCACCGUGUUUGUGGUGGUCACCUUUGUCCGCUACAAUGACACUCCCAUUGUGAAAGCAUCAGGCCGGGAGCUCAGCUACGUGCUGCUAACGGGGAUCUUCCUCUGUUACGCCACCACGUUCCUGAUGAUUUCCACCCCUGAUGUUGGAAUCUGCUCCCUCCGAAGGAUCUUCUUGGGGUUGGGCAUGAGCAUUAGCUAUGCUGCCCUGCUCACCAAAACCAAUCGUAUUUACCGCAUCUUCGAGCAGGGGAGCAUGUCUAUCAGUGCGCCCAAGUUAAUUUCUCCCGCCUCCCAGCUGGUCAUCACCUUCAGCCUGGCCUCGGUGCAGCUGCUCGGGGUGUGCAUAUGGUUCGGCGUGGAUCCCUCCAAGGCCAUUAUAGACUAUGAGGACCAGCGGACGUCUAACCCGACGAUGGCUCGCGGUGUGCUCAAGUGUGACAUCUCUGACCUGUCUCUCAUCUGCCUGCUGGGCUACAGCAUGCUGCUCAUGGUCACCUGCACAGUCUACGCCAUUAAAACCAGAGGAGUGCCGGAGACGUUCAACGAGGCCAAACCCAUUGGCUUCACCAUGUACACCACCUGCAUCAUAUGGCUAGCUUUCAUCCCGAUCUUCUUUGGCACUUCAAGGUCCACAGAAAAGAUGUACAUCCAAACCACCACACUGACCAUCUCCGUGAGUCUGAGCGCCUCCGUGUCUCUCGGGCUGCUCUACAUGCCCAAGGUCUACGUGGUUCUCUUCCACCCCGAGCAGAAUGUGCCCAAGCGCACACGCAGCCUGAAGGCUGUGGUUACUGCCGCCACCAUGUCCAACAAGUUCAACCCCAAGGCUGGACUCAGACCCAACGGAGAGGCCAAGACCGAGCUGUGCGAAAGCCUGGAAACACAAAAUUACCCAACAAAGCAAACAUACAUCAGCUACAGCAAUCAUGCAAUCUAAGGGACAAAGGUUCUCAUCAUAAUUCAGGAUUUACAAUAAAAACACGCAGUGGAUUUUCACACAGCCGGCAUAAAAAAUUGAUGUGUCAUUGUACGGGUGGAGAUCACAGAAGCGUUGCCCAAAGACGUGAAGUGAGGAGAGACCACAGGGACCGACAGACAGGGGAACAGAUAACAGUAAAUGCAAAGUCCCAUCUUCUGUCUGCCUCAAGAGAAUACACACACACAAAAAAAAAGAAAAUACUUGCAUGGCAGAGGCCGGGAGACUGAUGGACGGAGCUUUACUUUUGAGUGUUUACAUUUCAGCUGUGUCCUCUUUCCUACACUUCUCCGUUAUCUUGAGCCGUGCUGACGGAAACUGAACUAAAAUCAAGAAUAUGUUCAGGUGUUCUCUGUGUCGUCUGCCAGUUUUGAAAAGCCGUAAUCUCUCUGAAAACCCUCAAGGCAUCACAAGGGAUUAAUCAACACCAAAAAGGCAUGAAAACAUGGACAAGGGGGGAGGGUUGUGUUUGUUUUUCUUUCUAUAUGUCAUCUGGUCUCAUGAGUGAAACUACUGGAAAGGGCGAUCAUCUCAACAAUGCAACAAAUCUGAACCGAACUCCAUGUUUUUUUAUUUUCCAGGAUUCAUAAAGAAGGACUCUAAGACGGUCUCUGCCAAUUUUGCGCAUGCCAGUUUCAAAAUCCUGUGUUGUGUUGAUAAAAUAAAAAAAAAAUAGAAAAAUAAUAUAUUUGGAAUGCGUUUUAAAAUCUGUUGCAGCGAUGUUAACAAUUGUUUGGGCGUGAGCCCGUUGUACGUUGAAACUGUUCUCAAAUGGUGAAGGUCUAGUGAGUGAUUAUUUAUCUGUGCUUAAAUGAGGCCAUGAUUUGUAUUACCAGCUAGCCCAAGGCUGCCACUGCCCUCCACAUACCUGUAUGUGCGUUCAAACAGCAGCCCGUGGUUAAAAUCAACCGUAUUUUAUCCAGGAGGUGUAACUGUCAGCUGUGGUCCAGGAUGACCCCCCCCCCAACACCCCCCAUCACUGCCACCAGCUUUUCUCUUGGUCACACGUAGUGUAAGGGUAAAGCUUAGCUGUACAUCCAUUAGCAGGGGAAUUAAGAUGAAGUAUGCCCUUGAGAGGAUUGUGCAAUAUGACCUGAAGGUGAUAUCCAUAAUGGACCAGCUAUUGAGAACAUUCAUUACUCUACAUGUCCUCCUCAGGCACUCUCAUGAUAAGGAGGAGGUGUAAGGCUUUUCAACAGAUGAGAAUCUGAUAGCAAAAGUAUACAAUAUAUCUAUUAAUCGCUCUCAGCUCGCUGAACAGAUUAAUUGUUGGCUUCGUGCGGUAUAAAAGCCCUCUAAUGUCUUGGGGGAAAACAUUGUGGGUCAUUUGUGUUGUAAAUUCAAUGCUGCUCUUCAUGCCUCCCUCUGUAUUACUUUCAACACCAUUUGUGUUGCAGAAUAAAAUGUGAGUGCUGACCAAAUUAAAUGGCAAGUUAAUGUAUGUUAUUAAAUAGAUUGAUGAUGUCUGCUUUAUGUCCUGACAUAUCCUAAAAUUGGGGGAAAUGUACAAAAAGAUACAGUGCCUGGCUAUCUGAAUAUGUAUUUGUAAAACCUCAUGAAAACUAAUGAAGUGUGUGAAGCAUGUUUAUUUUUUUUUUAUACAAAAUUUUAUUUCUAUUAAAAAUGUUUUCAAACUUCAACUUCGGAUUUGUGUGAUUCUGGUGAAAGAAGAUU